CACAACGGUUAAUUAACACGCGUUAAUGUGCUUACGUUGCGCUCGAGUAUAUGUAAAUGGUAUCUCAUGUUUGUUGUGCACAAUCUAAACUAGUGUAACUGAUAUAUACACCACCACACAGCUCACAGCCCUAUAGCGCGUAUUUUAUUUUACGUAACUUGAGCUUGAGUGAAAUGUUGAUAACGCGAUGCAGUCGACAAUGUUUCGCGUGUCCCGAAAUAGCUUAUUCUCGUUGACCAAAAGUUUCACGUGUCGGAGCGCGAUUUGUGGUGCGCAUUCGAUCAAUGUUAGCGGACGUGAAAUUGAUGCGGAGCAACCACUAACUGGUGUGCGGAUAUUGGACUUGACAAGAAUAGUCGCCGGCCCGUAUUGCACGAUGCUACUGGCAGACCUGGGGGCUGAGGUGAUCAAAAUUGAGCGUCCCGGAGGUGGUGACGAGGCUCGCAAAUGGGGACCACCAUGGGUUAAUAACUCAAAAGAAAGUUGUUACUUUCUUCCGGUUAAUCGUAACAAACAUUCAGUUUGUAUUGAUAUCAAGUCUAAAGCUGGAAAAGAGAUCAUCUGCGAUCUUGCAAAAGAAGCAGACGUUUUAAUUGAGAAUUAUGUUCCUGGCAAACUCUCUGGAAUGGGUUUGGGUUAUGAAGAUUUAAAAGCAAUAGCUCCGAAAUUGAUUUAUUGCUCUAUCAGCGGAUACGGUUCGGAGGGUCCAUACAAAAACAUGCCCGGGUACGAUGUUAUCGCAGCAUCCCGUGGCGGUUUGUUGCACAUAACGGGUCCUGAAAAUGGGGAACCUUCAAAAGUUGGUGUGGCUAUGACUGACCUUGCGACUGGACUAUACGCUCAUGGAGCAAUCAUGGCCGCGUUACUGCAUAGAAGUAAGGACGGCAAGGGACAAAAAAUCGAUGUUAACUUGCUCAGUACUCAAUUAGCUUGCCUCAUUAAUGUGGGCUCCAAUUAUUUGAAUGGCCAUCGGGAAGGAAAGCGAUGGGGCACUGCGCAUGAGAGUAUCGUGCCUUAUCAAUCAUUCAAAACAAAAGACGGUUAUUACACCGUCGGUACUGGCUCCGAUCUGCAAUUUAUAGAUUUUUGUAAGAUGAUUGGAAGGCCUGAGUUGUGUGAAAUGCAAGCGUACAAAACUAAUAAAGAUCGUGUUGUCAACAGAGAGUCGUUGAUUGAUAUACUUAAAGACGUUCUUGGAACUAGGACAAAUAAAGAGUGGGAGAACAUUUUUCAAAGGUCUUCAUUUCCGAACGGACCGGUUAAUUCGAUUGGGCAAGCUUUCGAUGAUCCACAUGUUCGCUCAAUUGGGUUGGUCAAAGAGGUGGAUCAUCCAACUGCUGGGAAAAUUAAACUUGUAGGACCGGCUGUGAAAUAUUCAAAGUCUAAUAAUGAGAUUAAAAUGCCUCCACCAGUGUUAGGCCAGCAUACUAAUGAAGUGUUAAAGAAAGUUUUAAAGUUUAAUGAUGCAAAACUGAAAAAAUUGCGAGAACUUCGUGUUAUUCAAUGAGAAGCAAUAUUUUAAAUGUUUAUCUUUUAUACUAAUAAAAUUUAUAUUUUUAUCUUA